AUGCCGUCAAAGGGCAUCCGGUGCUACUCGUACAUCGCCGUCGAGGGCGUCGAGAUCGAGUUCACUGUCCCCAAGGCCUCUGCGACCCGGCGAGACGUGCGCCAAUUCAACUGCGACCACCUUGAGGUCGAGUCUUCGAACCUGGGCCAUUUCAAAAUCACAGGCCGAUUCGAGUUCAUCGUGAGGAGGGAUGGUCGCGAGCUGGUCAAGCAGUGGGUGGACGUGAACAGCAUGACGGGCGGGCUGAGCGACGGGACAAUGAAGACCAUGGACGAGACGCCCGCAGUCUUUGCCGAAGACCUCAUCGUAGCAUACGGCUUCUACGACGCCGGACCCGGCCUCGCAGCCCUGCCCAAGCAACACCAAUGCUACGUCACAGCCACCCCCAGCUACGAGAACUGGAUGCGCGACACCAUCCCGCCCGGCAGCGCUCUUGGCACUAAGCCGUUCGCGCGCAUGGUGCUCCCCUCGUCCCACGACGUCGGGAUGAACAGCAUGGCGACGGCGCUCGCCCUACUCACCAACGCCGGCACAAGCGCCAUCAAAGAGAUGCUGGGCCGCUCGCUCCCGCGCGCCCUCGACGUCAUCAACAAAGUCAGCGACAAGGGCGUGAACGCCAUCGCCCCAGACAUGAUCCGUGCGCUGGCCAUGACGCAGAAGGAUACGGUCCCCACGCUCCUCGCGCUGGGCGCGCGCUACUUUGAGUUCCGCCCCGCGCGGUGCCAUGGCCGGAUCCAGCCCGGCAGUCCGCUCGCAGACACGCUGUACUUCCAGCACGGCGCGAUCCCGGGGAUGCCGUACGCCGCGUUCCUGGCCGAGGUGGUGCGCUUCCUAGCCGGGCACGGCGACGAGAUAGUCGUGCUGCAGCUGCGCUGGGACGGGGUGCCGGGCGAGUGUCCGCGGCCGAGCGACGCCGAGCUACGCGAUGCUCUGAACGGCGCGCUCGAGGGGACCGAUGUGUGCGUCGGCGGGCUGGAGGAUAUGCUGCAGCGCUCCGUGCAGGAGCUGCGGGGGGCCAGGAAGCGGCUCCUCGUGCUGCGCGACGCGGCCCAGGCGUCCAAUUACGACGACGCGGCCAACGCGACGCUCACGGGGGAGUCGAUGGUCGACGCGCUGAGAGCCAUGAGCGCGGCGCCGCCGUCGGGACACGCCAUCACGCUGCUGCAGUGCCAGGCCACGGCGACGAACAUGCGCGACGUUAUUGUCGCCAGCGUACUCGACUGCGAUGUGAGCACGAGUCCGAUUCUGGCGACCAAACCCGUGUGCGAUGCGAAGAUGCUGCCGCUGCUGCGCGGGGAGUGCGGAAAGCCGUUUCUGAGGGGGGACGGGGUGGUGGUGCUGAUGAACGAUUUCUUCGACGGGGCGACGGCAGAUGUGGCGAUUGGGCUGUCUGCGCUUGCUGGUGGAGCGCUUGAGCUUAGCCUUGAACCUAUUCCACUUGUUAGCCAGCGUCUCCUCGUCGCCCUCGUCGUUGUACGCGGCAGGCUCGCGGCCGCUGUCCAUGCUGGCGCGCGAAAACGCCGUUUCGCUGCCGAGAUCGACGCUCUCGAUGCGCCCGUGCGGCCGGCCCUCGGGCCCGCCCGCAUCGGGCGGCAGCCGGGGCAGCUCCUUGGCCGUGCUGCCGUGACGCGCGUCGGAGCUCAUCCACAGCCCCAGCCGCUGGAAGCAGUGGCCGCACGCCGCGAGGCUGAUGCGCGAUUCGCUGACGCCGGCCCAGCCGAAGACGGCAAAGGCAAAGGCGACCUGCUCCGGGGGCGCCGACGGCGCGGCGAGGCUGGCCGCGCUGAAGAGCGUGGCGGGCAGGCGCGCGAGGAGAGAGGCGACGGGCGGGCCGGGGUGGGUUGUGUUGCGCGCGAGGGGCAGGUCCGACGAGAUGGCGAGCAGCGAGGCGUAUCGGCUCAGCAGAUCGGCCGUGGAGCGGGCGCGCGAAGCGAUGGGGAUGUGUGGCAGAGACGUACGCUGACACCCCGUCUUCCUCCAGAGACACUCGUCGUCGUGCCCGUCCACAAUCAGCGCCCGGUACCGCGCCACCAGCGCCGGGGCAACGUCGUGCGACAGAUCCUCGCUCAUGUCCACGUCCCGCCCGUCGUCGGCCUUUCUGGCCGGCCGCAGCCUGACGACGACGCGCUUCUCGCACCCGCCCUUGCAGGCCACCGUGUUCCAGGCCUCGCAGGUCCAGCCGCGCUUCGCCCACUCGACCUCGCCGAUGCCGUCGGGCUUGGUGCUCCACUUCUUCACAGCGGCAAACGUCUUCAGCCGCGCGAGAAACAGGUCCUGGCUGUAGGGCUGGAAGUUGGGCGCCUUGCGCGGCGUCGGGGCCGUCGGCUGCUUGUCUGCGCCGACGACGCGCAUCGUCUUCUUCCUCUCGAUGCCCGCCCCCAGACUGGGCCGCGGCGUGAGGAGCUGGUCCUUGAGCGCCUGGAUGCGCGCCUGGCCCGCCGAGACCUCGCGCGCGCGCUCUGCGCUGCCGACGGCCUCGGAGCUGCGCGGGCGCUUGGCGAGCGGCUCGGGGCUGCCGGUGCGCGGGAGGGAGCUGGUAGAGACAUUGGGCGACGCGUAGAGGGACGCGAGCGAGGUCGAGGACGUGCUGGCGGUGAGGUUGUCGAGGAGCCUGUGGAAUUUGCGCUUGGUGGUUGCCAGCGCGGGCGGCGAGGAGGCCGGGGAGGCCAUGUUGUGGUGGUUGUGUGUGGCGGUUGGCGAGGCGCUGUCGGAGCGCGUCUGGUUGUCCGAGCAGCUCGCACCACCAGCCCGAAGCGCAAACCCCCGAGCGCUCGCCGCAACCAACGGCUCGUCGCCCGCGGCUCGUCGCCCAACCCCCACCGGUUACGCAACCAAGCGCCCCGUCGACCAAGCGCUCCACCAAUGCCCCCCAUCGCGCCCUACCGAAACUAUUUCCUCCUCGCCGCCGUCGUCCUGGCUUCCGCGCUGCUGCAGCCGACCGUCUUCUUCCGCCACGCCGCCCGCCUGUUCCAGAUCAAGUCGCACGUCGCGCACCCCGCGUCCGCCGUCUACACGAAUCGCACGCUCCCCGCCAUGGCGUACGCGAAAGAGCUCGAGCUCGCGCUGCUCGCCGUCCAGCGCGCCUCCAUCCUCACAAAGAGCGUCUACGCCUCGCACUCCAAGGGCACGCUCACCAAGAGCGACGCGUCGCCCGUCACCAUUGGCGACUUUGGCGCCCAGGCCCUGAUCAUCAGCAGCAUAAAGAGCGCCUUCCCCGACGACGAGGUGGUGGGCGAGGAGGACGCCGACGACCUGCGCGCGAACGCGGCGCUGAAGGCGCUCGUCUGGGACCUCGUCCAGGCGGCCAGGCUGAGCUCGCGCGACGCAGAGGCCGCCGUCGGGGGCCCCAUCGAGUCCGCCGACGACAUGCUGGCUGCGCUCGACGGCGGCGCGAGCCAGGGUGGAAGCAGAGGCCGCAUCUGGGCGCUCGACCCCAUCGACGGCACCAAGGGCUUCCUCCGCGGCGGCCAGUACGCCGUGUGUCUCGCGCUGAUGGUCGACGGCGUGCCGACCGUCGGCGUCAUCGGGUGUCCCAACCUGCCCGUCGACGACAAGGCGCCGCUGACCGCCGAGAUUGGCGUCGACGCGUCCGCCGCAGAGGCCAAGGGCGUGCUGUUCGGCGCCGUCAAGGGCCAGGGCGCGACCAGCCGUGCGCUGACAGACGGCGCGCUCGCGCCGCCCAAGCCCAUCGCCAUGGCGCCGCUGCCGGACGUCUCGCAAGCCACCUUCUGCGAGAGCGUCGAAGCCGGCCACUCGUCGCACGGCGACCAGGCCGCCAUCGCGCAGCGCCUCGGCAUCACAAAGGAGAGCGUGCGCAUGGACUCGCAGGCCAAGUACUGCUCCAUUGCCCGCGGCGCGGGGGAUCUCUACCUGCGCCUGCCCACGAGCAAGACGUACCAGGAGAAGAUCUGGGACCACGCCGCGGGUGUCGUGCUGGUCCAGGAGGCCGGUGGCCGCGUCACGGAUGCGUUGGGCAACGAGCUGAAUUUUGGGGUUGGAAGGACGCUGAAGGAGAACAAGGGGAUUAUUGCUGCGCCGGAGGCGGUGCACGAGCAGGUUAUUCACGCUGUCAAGGAGGUUUUGGUUCAUCUGCUUGACCAGGUCGUUGAUGAAGUGCUCGCGGUUGCCCAGGUCACCACCCUCGAUGAAGUGCUUGAACUUGCGGGGACGGAACCCACCAGUAGGCGAGGACAGCUUGAAGGGCCACAGGAAGUUGGAGGCCUGCUUGAAGUUGGGGCCGACGGUGUAGAUCUCGUGGAUGAGGUCCUCGACGCAGACGAUGCCGUACUGGCCGAGGCUCUGCUCGAUCAGCUCGUUGUCGGUGAUGGGCAGGCGCUGCUUGUUGACCUUGCCGUAACCGCGCUUGUACACGAGCUCACGGACAGUCUUCAGGUUGGGGUAGCCGUAGGCGACAAAGGGCUCGACAAUCUUCAGCAUCUCGGUGGUGGCCUUGGUCAGGCGGAUGAAGACACCGUUGUUGAUCUGGAGGAGACGGAGGAGCUGGAGCGUCUUGCGCUUCUUGGGGUCGAUCUUGUUGAUACCCUUGAUGCGGACGACAAAGGCGAGCUUCGACUCGGCGGGGACGAAGAGAGAGCCAUCCUUCUUCGCCUGGCGCUUGGCGUCGAUGAUGUCGCGCUCGGCCUUGACGUACUCCUGGUGAAUCGUCUCGGGGACGGCGAUGUCGUUCUGGGUGGGGACGCUGCGCUGGUUAGGUUCUUCUGCAUUCAGGGCUGGGUUUGGGUUUCAACGUACGAUGAGCGGGCCAUUGUGCUGGUGGUUAGUCGGCUUGUCGUUGUCGAGGAAGCUGGAAACGAAAAAGAAGACGUCCGAGGUCGAGAGGCAAUGGCAAGAGGCGGUGGUCGUGGCCGCGGUCGCGGUGGUAAGAGAGGUGGAGGACGCGGCGGCGGAGGCGCAAGAGACACCAGGUCCGAGCCGUGGUCAGACAUCACGCGCAGCAACGAGCUGUUCGAGAGCUACUACCGUAGGGGCGGCUUCAUGGACGAGGCCGAGUUCGAGGUCAUGUGGAACGCGCUCAAGCAGGACCUGCCCAACAGCUUCCGCUUCACCGGCACCAAGUCCGACGCCCUCGCUGUGCGCGAGAUCUUCAAGCAGCGCUACAUACCCGCCAUCUCUGCGCAGACGUUUGAGGGCCAGCCUGUGCCCCCUCCCGAGCCCGUCAACGCCUUCCCCGACGAGCUGGUCUGGCACAUGAAGACACACAAAAAGGUCAUCCGCCGCCAUGCCGCCUUCGCCAACUUCCAGAAGUUCCUCGUCGCAGAGGCUGCCUCGGGCAACAUCAGCAGACAGGAGGUCGUCAGCAUGAUCCCUCCCCACUUCCUCGACGUCAAGCCUGGCAUGGUCGUCCUCGACAUGUGCGCUGCGCCCGGCAGCAAGUCUGCCCAGUUGGCUGAGAUGAUCCACGGCGACGAGGAGGAGCGCGUCAGGAGGGCCGCGAACGGCGAGCAUGUUGGCAGCGGCGCUGACGGCGACUACAGCGACGACGGUCGAUCCACCGGCCUGCUCAUCGCAAACGACACCGACUACAAGCGCGCCGGCAUGCUUGUCCACCAGGUCAAGCGCCUCAACUUCCCCAACCUGAUCGUCACCCAGCACGACGCGUCCAUCUUCCCCUCGAUUGAGCUUCCCAGCGACGCCGGCCAGAAGAAGCAGUACCUCAAGUACGACAGGAUCCUGGCUGAUGUGCCAUGCUCUGGCGAUGGCACAGCCCGCAAGAACCCCAAUGUCUGGCAAAAGUGGACCCCCAAGGACGGUCUUGGUCUGCACAACCUGCAGUUGCGCAUUCUCUUCCGUGGCCUGCAGAUGCUGAAGAAGGGCGGACGCAUGGUCUACUCUACCUGCAGCAUGAACCCCGUCGAGAAUGAGGCCGUCAUCGCCGCUGCCAUCGAGGCGUGCGGAGGCAUCUCCAAGGUCCAGCUGGUCGACAUGCCCGACCACCUGCCCAAGCUCAAGCGCCGUCCUGGUCUGAACGCCUGGAAGGUGCUCGACACCUCCUCUGUGCCUGGGAGCAAUGACAAGACCGCCCACAUGUUCACCAGCUGGGAGGCUUUCGAGAAGGCCAAGGCCAAGUAUGCUGUCGAGGAGCCCGAGCGCACCUUCUCGCAGAAGAUCUCCAAGGGCUGCUUCCCUCCCAUCACGGCGAACCCCGAGGAGCGCAUCCCGCUUGAGCGAUGCAUGCGCGUGUACCCCCAUCUUCAGGACACCGGUGGCUUCUUCAUUGCAGUCAUCGAGAAGCUCGACGACAUCAAGAUCGCGCAGAUUCAGAACCCCGAGAAUGCCGCCAAGUCCAAAAAGCAGGAGCAGAAGACUACCGACAACACCUCAAUCCCCACCCCCGAGGAGAAUAUUAUCGAGGCAGAUGCCACUAAGGAAACCGAGAGUCUGAAGCGCAAGGCCGAUGACACCGAAGAAUCCGCCCCUAAGAAGACCAAGACAGAAGAGAACGGCACAGCAGAGCCCACGACAGCACCCGCCUCCGAGGCACCAACACCAGCCCCCACCCAAGUCACCAAGCUCAAGCCCGAGAAGCAAGACCAGAACAAGGAGUACUUCGAGUACCUUUCUCCCACCGACGAGACCAUCUCCCGGAUCCACGACUUCUUCGGCAUCAGCGACCGCUUCCCCCGCGACCGCUACAUGGUCAAGAACAAAGAAGGCCUCUCCCUCAACAAAAUCUACUACACCUCUGGCUUCGCCAAGACAAUAAUAAACGCCAACAAAGACCGCGGCAUGAAAUUCAUACACUGCGGUGUCGUCAUGUUCGUCGCGCACAAGAUCAAGGACGCACAGUACAUGCACGCCCCCUGGCGGCUGCAGUCCGAGGGCAUCUCGAUCCUGGAGCCGUGGGCCAGCAAGCGCAUUGUGAAGUGCACGAGCAAGGCGACGCUCAAGCAGCUCGUCACCGAGAUGUUCCCCAAGCUACCCCGGGAGGGCGAGCACGGGCUGGGCGAGGUGGGCGAUCAGCUGCAGGGUAUGGACAUCGGGUGCUGUUUCGUUCGUGUCGAGAAGGACGAGGCGCAGGACAUCCCCUUCCGCAUGGUGCUGCCGCUGUGGAGACACCCGGGAUCGGCGAACAUGAUGGUCGACAAGGAUGAUCGCAAGGCCAUGCUCUUAAGGCUAUGGGGCGAGAAGGAUACCGAGAUCAUCAAUCACGUUGCCGACAAGGCGAAGAGGGAGGCCGAGGAGGAGCAAGCCGAGGAGGACGCCAAGGCCAGCAAGAUCGAGGGCGACAACGCCGAGGCCAUGGACGUUGACGAGAAUGGCGGUGUUGCCGUUGCCGUCGACGCCGACGCCGACGCCGACGCUUAG